UGCUGAGAUCAGCCUUGCCGGAGUCUGGAGGCAGGGGGACCAGAGCACAGGUGUGCACGGGGAGGACGCCUCACCUAGGGAGCAGGUGGCAGGAUGCGUGGCAAGGACGAUGAGUAUGAUUAUCUCUUCAAAGUGGUGCUGAUCGGGGACUCUGGCGUAGGGAAGAGCAACCUCCUCUCACGCUUCACCCGCAAUGAGUUCAACCUGGAGAGCAAGAGCACCAUUGGGGUGGAGUUUGCCACCCGGAGCAUCCAGGUGGACAACAAGACUGUGAAGGCUCAGAUCUGGGACACAGCGGGCCAAGAGCGUUACCGCGCCAUCACCUCAGCCUAUUAUCGGGGGGCGGUGGGGGCCCUCCUGGUCUACGACAUUGCCAAGUACCUGACCUAUGAGAACGCCGAGCGCUGGCUGAAGGAGCUGCAGGACCACGCCGACGCCAACAUCGUCAUCAUGCUGGUGGGCAACAAGAGCGACCUGCGACAUCUCCGUGCCGUGCCCACCGAUGAGGCCAAGAGCUUUGCAGAGAAGAACGGCCUGUCCUUCAUCGAGACGUCUGCCCUGGACUCCACCAAUGUGGAGACAGCCUUCCACAGCAUCCUGGCAGAAAUCUACCGCAUCGUGUCGCAGAGGCAGAUGACUGGGCAGCAGGAGCCAGAGUUUGGGUCCAGCACGGCCAUUGACCCUAUCAAAGUCCUGCCCACUCACCAGGAGGGGAAACAGGCUCCCUGCUGCCAGAACAUAUGAUCCUGACUGGAGGCACCAGAGGCAGACGGACCCCUGUCAUCGUCCCCCACCAGGGCUGCUUCCAUGUGUGUGGGGCAGUGUUGGAGCAUGUCUUAUAUAAGAUCCUGUCAUUUCCCUGUCUCGUGUUCCCUCCUGCAACUCAUGGACUGCUGUAUUUAAUGUAACUCCUCUAUAAACAUAACUGGGCCACAGCCGUUUCCUUGGGGAGACGGGUGUUCUCGAUUUGAGAUCAUCAUUUCCUCUGGUAUCACGUCCCUCUCUUCCCACAUGCUAUCGGACGUAUGUUUAUAUAGGGCCUAUUCUAAUGGGAGGAGACACAUUGUGGGUAUCUCCUCUUUGCCCCUACCUCUUCUUUUUAAAAAAACAAACAAAAACAAAAACAAAAAAACUCUUUCAGAUCCCUGAUCACCUAGGGCGUGUGUAUGUGGUUCACCCAAGACUCAAAGGGGCCUGACGGCCCAACCCUGCAGGUGUGGCUGCUAGGUAGGCUCGCUAGACCAGUCUGAUUAGGACACGAGAGAGUCUAUUGUGGAUCACCAAGCCGUUCUGUCUGCAGUGAGGUGGCUGGACGCAGAGUGCAGUUACACUCAUCUUAAUCCAGAGUGACUCUGCUGAAAGCCAGGGGCUGAGCCUCGCUGAUCUCAGGAGACGUUAAGACCCGAGCCCAGAUUGGCUGACGAUUUUCUGAGCCUUCCUGAGUCCGGCUAGAUUUGAGUUCUGGUGGCGUUCACUCUGGAUUUACUCCAGUAUCAAUGGGGUCGGAAUCCCUGCCUUUUGUUGCUUCCCAGAGAGAAGGCGCAGGCUGAGCACUGACAUGGUGAGUGACUAGUGGUUUGCGGUGCCUCCGUUUCGGGCACCCACAUCUCACCGUUUUGGUCCCUAGAGCGGGAUUUCCAGAGGGACUGAUCAUUGACUCCCAUUGGCUUCACCCAGCGCGGUGGGUGCUCAGUGUCUCCGUCACAUCCUCGAGAGCUGAGGGCGCAACCCAGAGGCAGGGGUGCUAUUUGCUGUCAAAGAAAGAACUUGAUGCUCUUUCUGCUCCAGCUGGGUAGCUGCAGGCUUGGGAUCUUCAACUGGUGUCAGUUCAUUGCUGCAACCAAAGUUUUGCUCUCUUCAGCAUUGAUCCUACUAAAAUUGCCCAGUGCGGUCUCGCCCACCUGGAGAUUAGCCCCUGCUCAGCCUUUGGUGUAGUCACAGCUAUAUUCAGCCGUACGUGGAGACAAGGGCAAGCCAGGGGCUGCUGGUUAGUUUAAGCAGUGAUAACUCCUGCGUGCCCUUGUCUGGAUCCAGUCUUGGAAGCUCAUUCCUGGUUGAGCUAAGAAUGCAGAAGGUCCGGGCAAGCUUCCCCAGUGCUCUGUCCUGGAGGGACCUGGGCUGAGAAGGGAGUUUGGGCUGUUGAGUCUGUAUGGUCAUUAGCCUGUCUGCUGGGGCCACAACCAAUGAUGAGCAGGAAGCAGGGGUAACUGGUGGUGGCUUAUUCCCCCUCCUUUGUCUGCUGUGGUUGUAUUGGGUGCAGCGCUGAGCCUGCCCCACCCCCCCAACCUGUGUAAAUAUCAUGGAGCCUUUUAACAUCUGCUCUUGACUGCGGCUUGGUUUUU